UUCAAAGCUUGGCUGUUCUGGUGACGAUUCACGCGCUAGUUCCACUCUAGCUAGCUAAAAUGGCGUUCACAUUCGCGGCCUUUUGUUAUAUGCUUGCGCUAUUGCUUACAGCGGCUCUCAUCUUCUUCGCCAUCUGGCACAUAAUCGCUUUUGAUGAACUGAAGACUGACUACAAGAACCCUAUAGAUCAAUGCAACACGUUAAACCCGACAGUUGAGAGGGUGAAAAAGAUUAAAAGGGUCAGGCUUGCCCUGAAGCUGGUGCUGCCAGAGUACCUCAUCCACGUGUUCUUCUGUGUGAUGUUCCUGUGUGCCGCCGAGUGGCUCACACUUGGACUCAACAUGCCCCUGCUGGCCUAUCAUGUCUGGAGGUACAUGUCUCGCCCUGUGAUGAGUGGUCCUGGUCUCUAUGACCCCACCACCAUAAUGAAUGCUGAUAUUCUGGCAUACUGUCAGAAAGAAGGCUGGUGUAAACUUGCCUUCUACCUCCUCUCAUUCUUCUACUAUCUUUAUGGGAUGAUCUACACGUUGGUGAGCUCUUAGAGCGGACGCCGUGGGUCUGGAGAGAUGUGCAUGCAGGAAUGUGAGGCGCAUCUGCCUAGCUGAAUUCGGACUUUGGCCAUCUCUCCUAGCGCACUCCGGUUCUGUCCCAAACGGACAUCCUGCUCUCUAUACCCUAUUUCCCCCCCUAGGGCUGAUACAGGACACCAACAGCCAUCAGUACAGCAGCCUGCCCUGCCCCACUCCCACACACCCCACUACAUGAACUGUUCCACUCUCUCAGAAACUCCCCUCUCCUUAUUGCAUUUUUUUUUUUCAUUUUUUAAAAAUGCUAUUUUUUGCUAAGUUUUUUUUCCCUUCUUUUUGAUGUUUACUAAAUAUUUUUCAUGAUUUUAUAACUUCAGAUAGACAUUGAAGUUAAUUUUUAAAUAACUAUGGUUUGUGUGCCAAGUUGUUAUGUUUUAAACCAGAUGUGUUGGUUUCACCUGUCAGAUCGUAGAAUGCUUUGUGCUAAAGUUGGCAUUUUGCACUAGGCUUAAGAGUGCAGCACUUUUGCCAUUUUGCAGGAUAGCAGACAUGGGUAGAAAUUUGCAUGCUCAUGACCUUAGGCCUCUCAAAGUGCAAUUCUACCAAACUGAAAUGCUCUAUCCUCUUAAAUUAUCCAAACCUUGAUUCAGAUUUGUUGGUCAUUACACCAUCGUUAUCCUUUUUGUAUUGUCCUACUAGAUUUCACAGGAGUGCUUCACUUCAGAUACAGAUGCAGUUCUUUGGCAGGUGCCGUUGCACCAAUGCUGUUGGUGAAUGGGUGUGGUGGCAGUGAACCCUCCAGGCAGAGAGCCAGCAGGUUGAAGGGUUUUAUCUUUGCAGUUGCAACAUUGCAGCCUCAUGUAUGAAUCACAGGCCAGUAUCAGAUAAAGAACAUAACAAAUGUAUAGCAUCACAACAGUGGUGUCAGGUGGGGCUUUCUUUCUUUUCUGUAGAGGUCCAUUUGGACUGUAACCCUAAGACAAGCCAGGCCAACUGCUGUUCAGUGAUCCAGAGUGGUGACACUCCAGUCAGCCUCUCUGUGUAAACAUGUGUUUAAUGAAUAUGUAUCCAAAAAGGCUGAAAUACUAGUAAUUUUAAAUUAAACAUCUUCUCACAGAAUUGAUCUACUCAAAGUGUAACUCAACCUUAUACUUCAGCAAUGAGGAAAGGCUGUGUAGUUCUGAUACAUGAAAGAGUUCUCAGUUUAUCAUAAAGAUGGUGGUGUGAGAAGUUCUGGAGGAUGCAGUUUGCACUGUUGGCGUUGUUCUGAGUUGUGUGUCUUUAGUUAGAAGUGAAACACAUACCACAGAAAGAAAACGAUAAUAAAACUGUUCCACCUUCUUUAAACAUG